AUGCGACGCCUCCAUGCUGAUGUCGAUCACCUGGUACAAGACAAUCUCAAUGUACGACACUUUAAUAAUGAACAAAAUAGCGAUGAUGAAGAUGACACUCUGGUGAAACGAUUCAAAUAUCUUCUAAAAAAAACGCAUGGACCUUAUUUACAACAAAAUCUUAGUGUUAGAAGUAAUAUGAUGAAAGGCACAGUGAAAUGGUUCGAUGAAAAGAAAGGCUUUGGUUUUAUUACUCCUGAAGAUGGUAGUAAAGAUGUUUUUGUUCAUUUUAAAGCAAUUCAAGACAAUGGAUUCAAAACCUUGGCAGAAGGUAUUCUAACUACAAUGAAAGGCACAGUCAAAUGGUUCAAUGAAACAAAAGGCUUCGGUUUUAUUACUUCCGAAGGUGACAGCAAAGAUGUUUUUGUUCAUUUUUCUGCAAUUCAAGACAAGGAAUACAAAACCCUAGCAGAAGGUCAAAGAGUUGAAUUCGAAAUACAAAAUGGUCAAAAGGGUCCAACUGCAGUAAAUGUUGUAGCUUUAUAG